AUGCAGGACGCCUGGACGGCUUACAAGGCUAAGGAGGCCCAAGGGUACGCGGACCGCAACAAAUGGAAGAACUUCUUCUCCGCCAUUAAAGCUGUCUACGGUCCGCCGACCAAAGACACUGCUCCUAUCCUCAACACCGACGGCAGUACCCUCCUGACUGAGAAGACACAAAUUCUACAGCGAUGGGCCGAGCACUUCCAAUGCGUCCUCAACCGUCCCUCCACCAUCUCCAACGCCGCCAUUACUCGUCUACAAGUGGAGACUAACGUGGACCUCGACCUCCCGCCCUCUCUCUACAAAAUCAUCAGGGUCGUGCAGCAGUUCUCCAGCGGGAAAACACUCGGAUUGGACGCAAUCCCUGCUGAGGUCUACAAGCACGGUGGUCCCCAACUAAUGGAUCACCUGACUGCGCUCUUCCACGAAAUGUGA